CACUCUCGCGAGAAGAGACUUUGACUUCAGAGGCGGAAAGGCUGCCUGGUCCAACUUUGAGGAGCCCGGCGACGGUGGCGGAGGAGGGCCAUGAUCCCUGCGUUGGCGACCGCCCGGCGUGGGCUGCUGGGCUGCAGUGUUGCCCUUUCUCGGAGUAUCCAGACAGGUAUCCGGAGACUGCAGGAAUUAGCAGAGGAUUCGGUUGAGGAGGCAGAGGCCACAAACAAGAGUGACUUCAGCUUUUUCCCUCCAGCACCAGGAAAAGAGAACUCUUUGAGGUGGGCCGGAAAGAAGUUUGAAGAGAUCCCCGUAGCGCAUAUUAAAGCUACAUAUAACAACACUCACAUCCAGGUUCUCUCACCUGAGAACGUCCCUCUGGCUCUGUCUACCUGCGGCACCGAAGGCUUCAAGAAUGCCAAGAAGGCCACAGCCAUCGCAGCUCAGACUACUGGAAUCGCAGCAGCAACUAAAGCCUGUGCCAAGGGCGUAUUGCACGUUCGGGUUGUGGUGAAAGGCCUGGGACCGGGACGAAUGGCUGCUAUCAAAGGUCUCACCAUGGGCGGUUUGGAGGUGAUCUCCAUCACAGACGACACCCCGAUUCCGCACAAUGGCUGCAGGCCUCGAAAGGCGCGAAGGCUGUGAGGUCGAAACUUGCACUGGGUUGGCAAGACUAUUCCUCUGCUCUGGUUGCAGCUGUCAAAAUGGGCUCAAACCUUGGGUUUUGCCCAGAGAAAUACAAGCAAUGAAUAUAUAUAUGUAUGUAUAAUGUUUUAUUAUAAAGUCUGUGUGCUAAA